AUGUGGCUAUGGGCCUUGAAACGUCACCUAAAACUGCUGGCCUCAUACAAGCCAGGUGUACAGAACGUUGAAGCGGAUCUUUUUUCGAGGAGAUCGAAUGACUCUUCCGACUAUUCUCUUGAUGGGAAAGCAACCAUGUUACUGUUUUCAAAAUCCGGGCGCAGCGAGCGUAGACGCUUUCGCUCAAGACUGGUCGGAGACUUACGGCUACGCCUUUCCGCCAUUCAAUCUAGUAGGGAAGACGAUCAGAAAAGCCCUGAAAGAGAAGGCACGCUUGAUUCUGGUGUGCCCCAUGUGGAAAAAUCGAAAUUGGUGGCCGCUAGUAAUGGAACACGGCAAAGAGAUCACGCCGUUGAUAUCGGACUGAAACCUUUUGACAGAUACCAGCGGGUCUCCUCACCCAUGCCUCAAAUCUCCCUCCUUCCAUUUGAUAGCAUGCAUCAUUUAGGCGAAUUCUGGAGAGGUGGGAGGCUAAAAGAGUACAAUAGCGCCUUGAAAAAGUGGGCAGCCUUUUGCAAGGAUACUGGUAUAGGCAGGUUGCACCCUAGGGUCGAAGACAUUUUAAACUUUCUGGGCCAGUUGUUCGAAUCAGGCGCAAGCUUCUCAUCGAUCAGCACUCAUAAGUCUGCCAUAAUCGUCUACCUUUCGGCGAUCAAUGGGGAGCUCUGUAGGAAGGACAUGAUCCUUGUAAAUAGGUGCAUGAAAGGGUUCUUCCGACAGCGUCCCCCACGACCCAGAUAUGCUGAUAUAUGGGAUGUAUCAGCAGUACUGAAAUAUCUGAGAUCUCUAGAGCCUAAUGCCACUUUGAACCUCACACAGUUAACUCAAAAAACGGUAAUGCUGUUAGCCCUAGUGGCUCCCAAAAGAGUUUCCGAUUUAGCAGCAUUAUCUACGCUUGGGAGAGGGUUGUUGGGCCUUCUCCUCAUGAAGAAAAAUAGAGGAUUCGGCAAAGCACACACAGCGGUCGUGCAAGCCUAUAAAGGCGACAUCCUCCUAUGUCCCUUGACGACGAUAAAGGACUACAUAAAUCGCACUCUCUUAUAUCGUAACCAAGUACGGACUUUAUUCAUGAGCCUUAACCGUCCUCACAAAAAGUGUAACAUCCACACAAUAGCUCGCUGUCUCCGAGAAGUGCUGAAAAACUCAGGCAUAGAUGACCGAUUUAAAGCGCACUCAAUUAGGGCAGCAAGCACAACCUUUUCAAAAAGGCAGGGUCUCUCUUCAAAGGCAAUUAUGGAAGCAGCGAAUUGGGCACUAAACGGUACCACCUUUGAGAAGUUUAAUUACAAAGGUCCGCUGGAGUAA